AUGAGCGUACUUUUGGAGACCUCUCUUGGCGAUAUUGUCAUUGACCUUCUGGUUGAUGAGUCUCCUAAGGCAUGCGAAAACUUCCUGAAGCUAUGCAAAGUCAAAUAUUACAAUUUCUCGCCAGUUCAUAGCGUUCAGAAAAACUUCACCUUCCAGACCGGCGAUCCUCUCGGUCCCGAUUCCCCAGAAAGCGACGGCGGGUCGUCGAUAUGGGGCCUGUUGGAAGGGCCCGUCAAGAGAACAUUUUCGUUGAAGCUGUCGCCAAAGCUGAAGCACACCGAGCGCGGAACUGUCAGUAUGGCAACAGUACCUUCCUCGCACGAUCCCGACGAGCGCCUCGCUGCCAGUCAAUUCAUCGUCACACUUGAGGAUAACCUCGACUAUCUGGAUGGGAAAGCAGCGAUCUUUGGGAAAGUUGUGGAAGGCUUCGAUGUGCUUGAAAAGAUCAACGGAGCCUUUAUUGACGACCAAGGUCGCCCGCUAAAAGAUAUCCGUAUCCGCCAUACAGUCAUCCUCGAUGACCCUUACGAUGACCCUCCUGGCUUAGUGGUGCCAGCUGAAAGUCCUUUGCCUUCAAAAGCACAGCUAGCGACUGUAAGGAUUGCUGACGACGAGGAGCUGGAUGACAACAUGGAUGAGGAGGCGAUGGAAAAGCUGCGGCGAGAGCGCGAGGCCAGAGCGCAAGCAUUGACGUUGGAAAUGGUUGGUGAUCUUCCAUUCGCAGAGGUCAAGCCUCCAGAGAAUGUGCUCUUCGUUUGCAAGCUGAAUCCAGUUACUCAAGAUGAGGACCUUCAACUGAUCUUCAGUCGCUUUGGACCGAUUCUGUCUUGCGAAGUCAUUAGAGAUAAACGAACCGGUGACAGUCUACAGUAUGCUUUUAUCGAGUUCGAAAAUCAGAAGGAUUGCGAACAGGCUUAUUUCAAGAUGCAAGGAGUUCUGAUCGACGAUCAUCGUAUACAUGUCGAUUUUUCGCAAAGUGUAUCAAAGCUGUCAGAAAGCUGGCGGAAUGCCACCAUAUCCAAACGCAGUCAAAGAGGCGGCUUCGGUGGCGUAGCUGAGCUUGAGAAGAAGCGGCAGUAUCGGGCGACUGACAACGUCCGUGAGCAGGAUGCCUAUGGCAUGGUUUUUGAUAAAGGUGAAGCUAGAAGGCGGCCGGUUUCUCGAGAGCGACGUUACAGUCGGAGUCCCAAAAGAAGCUCAAGAAGAGACAGUCGCAGCCCCAAGCGCGGCUUGCAUCGGAACCGCUACCGCGAUAGAUCCGACAGUCGAAGUCCUCGGCGGGAAGACUCCUAUCGCGAUAGAAAUCGUGAAAGGUCCUACAAUGACGAGCGACGUGAUCGUCGAGAUGAUGACAGAUACCGGGAAAGGCGCCGUCGCUAG